GCAAGGUUCAGGUGGACAGACCUUUGCAUUACCGACCUGUCAAAGCUUCACAAAACUCUUCUGGCAUCCAGAGAACACCAGAGCUUAGCCUGCAGGAGCAUAGCCAUGGUACUCUGGGGUCAAGUGCUGGGAGCCUUGCUGGUGAUCCUUGUGGGAUACCUGUGUCUUCCAGGGCUACUCCGACGACGCAAGCCCCAGGAACCUCCUCUAGACAAGGGCUCCGUGCCCUGGCUGGGCCAUGCCAUAGCUUUCCGGAAGAAUAUGUUUGAAUUCUUAAAGGGAAUGCGGGCCAAGCAUGGGGAUGUUUUCACAGUGCAGCUAGGGGGCCAGUACUUCACCUUUGUAAUGGAUCCCCUCUCCUUUGGCCCCAUCAUCAAGGACACUCAGAGAACACUAGAUUUUGUGCAGUAUGCGCAAGAACUGGUACGAAAGGUAUUUGGAUACCAAUCUACAGAGGGGGACCACCAGAUGGUACAUUCAGCCAGUAGCAAGCAUCUGAUGGGAGAUGGCUUGGAGGAUCUCAAUAAGGUCAUGCUGAACAGCCUGUCCUUGAUAAUGUUGGGGCCCAAAGGCUGGAGUCUGGAUGCCAGUUUCUGGCAUGAGGAUGGUCUCUUCCAGUUCUGCUACAAUACCUUGUUCAAGGCUGGUUACCUGAGCUUGUUUGGCUAUACAAAGAACGUGGCACAGGACCUGCUACAGGCAGAAGAGCUAUUCAUGAAUUUCCGCAGGUUUGAUCUUCUUUUUCCAAGGUUUGUCUACUCCCUGCUGAGUCCCCGGGAGUGGCUAGAAGUGGGCCAGCUCCAGCGUCUCUUUCACAAGACACUCUCUGUGGAACACAACCUGGAGAAGCAUGGCGUGAGCGGCUGGUUAUGCUACAUGCUUCAGUUUCUGAGGGAGCAGGGAGUGGCCCCAGCUAUGCAGGACAAGUUCAAUUUCAUGAUGCUCUGGGCUUCCCAAGGGAACACAGGGCCAACCUCUUUCUGGGCUCUCUUGUUCCUCCUGAAGCACCCAGAAGCCAUGCAGGCUGUGAGGAAGGAGGCCACUGAAGUCCUAGGUGAAGCCAGGCUGGAAGCCACCCAGUUCUUCACCUUCAAACUGAGCGCCUUACAACACACCCCAGUGCUGAACAGCGUAAUGGAGGAGACCCUGAGGCUGGCAGCUUCACCCACCCUCCUCAGGGCAAUACAGAAGGACUAUAUCUUGAAGAUGGCCAAUGGACAAGAGUACCUGCUCCGUCAUGGAGAUAAAGUGGCUCUCUUCCCCUACCUCUCAGUGCACAUGGACCCUGACAUCCACCCCAACCCCACUACCUUCAAGUAUGAUCGAUUCCUGAACCCCAAUGGCAGCAGAAAAAUGCACUUCUAUAAGGAGGGCAAGAAGAUCCACCACUACAACAUGCCUUGGGGCUCAGGCGUCUCCAUCUGCCCUGGUAGGUUUUUUGCCCUCAGUGAAAUGAAACUCUUUAUUUUGAUCAUGGUUACAUAUUUUGACCUGGAGCUGAUGGACCCUGAUACACCUGUGCCCCCUAUGGACCCACAGCGCUGGGGCUUUGGCACCUUACAGCCCAGGCACGACGUGCGCUUCAGAUACCGCCUAAAGUGUAUGGAAUAAGCUCUGCCAAGGCAGUCAAGCCUGGUCAGAGGGGCCUACUGUGGUCUCUCGCCUUUUCUCACUCCUCUGCAGCUCCAGGCCCUCUCUGACUAUCCAUCCCUCCUUCUGGUUCUAUGGCCACUCUGACUCUAUCCUGUUGUCCUUGCUAUCUGACCUCCUAGCCAUCUGUCAGGUUUACCACUCUUCCUUUAAAACACCAUCUCUCCCAACGGGUUUUGCAGAACCUUCGUCUCGCAGGAAGUCCAAGCAGAAGGGGACUUGUCUAAGAGCAAUUCAGUUUGAGACAUGGUGCCUGCCUUGAGUAGUCCUGCCUACAGAAGCCGGCUCCCACGUAGAACACGGUAUCUUGCAAACAUGGAACUCUCACCCCACAUUGUUCCACAACAC